AUGACAGCUGAAAAGGCUAUCCCUGUAAUUAAUGGCAAACCCGAAGAUGCUCCGGAUCCUGAAGCCUCCAGCACCAAUUUGGUCCACAGCAACGAUAAGAAGGUGCACGAAAGAGGCCAUUGGAACAAUAAAAUUGAAUUUAUGCUAUCUGUGGCAGGGGAGAUUAUUGGGUUGGGGAACGUGUGGCGAUUCCCAUAUCUCUGCUACAAAAAUGGAGGAGGUGCCUUCCUUAUACCCUAUGUCAUUUUCUUCAUUUGCUGUGGAAUACCAGUGUUUUUCUUGGAAACUGCUUUGGGACAAUUUACUAGUGAAGGAGGAAUUACAUGCUGGAGAAAAGUUUGCCCACUGUUUGAAGGGAUUGGAUAUGCCACCCAGGUCAUUGAAGCACAUUUGAAUGUUUACUAUAUCAUCAUUUUAGCAUGGGCUAUUUUUUAUCUAUUUAACUGUUUCACAGUGGAUCUUCCCUGGGCAACCUGUGGUCAUGAAUGGAAUACAGAACAUUGUGUGGAAUUUCAGAAACUUAAUAUGAGCAAUUGCACUCAACAAUAUUUGCAGAAUGCUACUUCUCCAGUCAUGGAAUUUUGGGAACGAAGAGUCUUGGCCAUAUCAGACGGUAUUGAACACAUUGGGAAUCUUCGCUGGGAACUGUCACUAUGUCUUCUGGCUGCCUGGACUAUCUGUUACUUUUGUAUUUGGAAAGGUACAAAGUCAACUGGCAAGGUUGUAUAUGUAACUGCUACAUUUCCAUACGUCAUGUUGUUGAUUCUACUGGUUCGAGGAGUAACAUUACCUGGGGCUACUGAAGGAAUAAAAUUCUACUUAUAUCCUGAUCUAUCUCGUCUUUCUGACCCACAGGUCUGGGUAGAUGCUGGAACACAGAUAUUUUUCUCCUAUGCUAUCUGCCUGGGAUGCUUGACAGCCCUAGGAAGCUACAAUAACUACAAUAAUAACUGUUAUAGAGACUGCAUUAUGCUCUGUUGCCUGAACAGUGGUACAAGCUUUGUGGCUGGUUUUGCCAUCUUUUCUGUUCUUGGCUUUAUGGCUUUUGAACAGGGGGUUCCAAUAGCAGAAGUUGCAGAAUCAGGGCCUGGACUUGCUUUCAUUGCAUAUCCAAAGGCGGUAACGAUGAUGCCUCUUUCUCCAUUGUGGGCAACUUUGUUUUUCAUGAUGCUUAUAUUCCUUGGAUUAGAUAGUCAGUUUGUGUGUGUUGAGAGUCUUGUGACAGCAGUGGUGGAUAUGUACCCCAAGGUUUUCCGGAGGGGAUACAGAAGAGAAAUGUUGAUUCUAGCUCUUUCAAUUGUGUCUUACUUUCUUGGUUUAAUCAUGUUAACAGAGGGUGGAAUGUAUGUUUUCCAACUAUUUGAUUCUUAUGCUGCUAGUGGAAUGUGCCUUCUUUUUGUGGCUAUAUUUGAAUGUAUCUGCAUUGGCUGGUUUUAUGGAAGCAAUCGGUUUUACGACAACAUUGAAGAUAUGAUUGGGUACAGACCACUGGUAAUGUUUAAAUGGUGUUGGAUGUUCCUUACUCCUGGCAUUUGUGCAGGCAUCUUCAUAUUUUUCCUGGUGAAAUAUAAACCUUUGAAGUACAACAAUGUAUAUAUAUACCCGGACUGGGGUUAUGGUAUUGGAUGGAUGAUGGCUCUCUCCUCCAUGGUCUGCAUUCCUUUGGGGAUCUGUGUACAACUCUGGAAAACAGAAGGAACCAUCAUGGAGAGAUUCAGAAAACUGAUUGUAGCUAGCCCAGAUCUGAAAAUGAGAGGAAAGAUCAGAACUGGCUCAUAUGUUGCUACAGCAAAUGACUACGAUGCCAAACUGAAAGGUGAUGGCAACAUUUCAGCCAUUACAGAAAAAGAGACACAUUUCUAA